CUGUCUCAGUGCCUGCCCCUUAUCCCUCGGAGUGGGUUCUCCGGAAUGCUCAGAGGGGAUGGAGGAGCUCCAAGGGGGAGUGCCACGGGAACAAGUCUAUAUAUACAUCCCGACCCUGGGUGAUUGCUGCUCAAAGACACAGCUGGUCUCUGGUUAGAAACAGGAUUGCACCCCUCUGUUGAACUAGAGCAGGCACUCUUGAGCAUUCUGAAGGGAAAGUGGUCGACACCCCGUGAGAGUGGGACAAAAUGAACCGUGUAGAAGAAUGGGUGCUGCAGAACAAGGACAAAAUUGAGAAGGGGGUGGAGAUAAUGGGUCAAGGUUGUGAGGUGCUAGCUGCCACAGUGGGCCAACUCCACCCCAUUUUAGAGGCUGUGUUUGUGGCCUCGGCAGAGCUCCUCAAUAAUCCAGAGGGCAAGGAGGCUAAGUACCUGACUGAGCAGUUUGAAAAAGUAAACCAGAAAUUGGAGAGCAUCCAGGAUGAGGUUGAUCGCAUAGCAUUGGAGAUGCAGCGCACCUCCAUGAACAAGCAGAACUUUGACCGUGAAGCACAGAUGAUCAGCCAGUAUGAGAAGUUCCAGGAGUUUGUCAAUGCCAAGCCCAAAUUCAAGGAUAAGAAGAAGGACAAGUUUCUCAGCCAUUUUGAGAACACAGAUGGAGACCUGAACCUGGAUGCCCUGUACAACGCGGUCACUGGAGAAAACACCUGUGGGGACCCUAUGCUAGAGACAGUGGUAUCUACAGAGCAGAGGAGCCGUCGAGCUGUGGAAGAAUUCUGUGCCCGACUGAAGAAGCUCUUUGUUGUGGGAAUCAUAGCAGUCAUGGGCCACGCUGCCCUGAAAGACGGAAAUGUUGGGGAAGACAUGGCGAAGAAGUGGCAGUGGCGAAUGGAGGAUGUGGAGAAGCGCAUGAAGGCAGCAGUGGAUGACUGUACAGGGAAUUUUGCUGUCCAGGCCAAGGAGGAUAUAGAACACCUCCUCCAAGAGAAGCAAGGAAGUAUUGACCCAAACUUUACCCAGUCGCUUUUGGCCUUCCUCGUUAAGAAGUACGACUGGGUUUCCUGGUCUCUCCGGGUGUUUAGCCAUGGGGGGCUGUUUUUCUGGAACUGGCUGGCUGGCAAGAAGUACCACGGCCGUGGUGGCGGUGGCAACUUUUUUGACCUCCUGACCAGGAACAACAUCAGGGUCGUGAUCUCUUUCAGUGCAGAUCCCAAGCCCAUCAAUAAGAGUCAUAUCCAAGAGCAGAUUGAGAGGCAAAAGCUUAAGGGAAACAUGGUGUCUGUGGCUCAGACCCUCUGCAAUGACCUACCAAAUUGUGUGGUGCAUGCGGUCAGUCGAUACAAGGAUGUAGUGGAGUCCAACAGCUUCCCUGAGGAGUGUUACUACUUCGGGAAACAUAAAAGAGCAUACCUAUGCAUCCACUCUGAAUAGUCGUUUGAUGUAGGAUCCAUAAUCACAAUAGUUAUAUAAAUCCAUGCAACCACAAUGUUCCUUUUUUUUAAAUCAGCAUUUUAAGAAAUGUCUGCCAUUGCACAUUAAAAGCUAGCCAGAAAACAUAGCUGAUAAGUGUGGACAUUUUUUGACUGGAUUUUACUGCUUGUCCUAGAUUUUGUUAAGCACAUUUUUACUGCAAGACUCAUUCUGACCAGGAUCCUUUUUUUUUUUUUUUUUUUUUCUUUUUUAAUCAAUAUUCAUAAAAAUGGAACAGGUUUCUUAUAAAAGACACUAAAUUUAAUUUUUUGCUGUUACAAGAUGUUUGUGAACCUAAAUGGUACUCCUGUAAACCAAAGAGAAAGUGAAUCAACAAUUGUUUUCUGUGUCUCUCAAUGCUUUCAAUUAAACUACAGAUGUUUGGUAUAUCCAUAAUAUAAAUGGCAUUUAAACAUUUAGCAUAUAUAUAUAAACAUAUAUGAACCUGUCAUGGCUCAAAAUAGUGCUGGAUUUUCAGAAGACAACCCUGCACAUUGGAGUGUUGUAGAACCAUUGCAUGGAAUAUUUGUUUUAUGUAGUUCAAGCUGGUUUAGUUUCACGUAGUAUAUCAACCUCUUUUUUAAAUUUGUAUAUGCUGCCAUUACCAACAAUAAAGUCUCAAUUUAAAUAUAA